AUCAACUGCGCGUGUCCCUUGAGUACGUUAACCAUGAUGCUUUACAAUUCUUGAGAAUAUCGUGGCUUUUGCGAUAUUUUUCGGCAAGAGCGAAUGUUUGUUCGAAUUUCUUGACAUUUUUGGUCCCAGGCUUACUUCUGAAUGUUUUAACUUUGUGGUGGAUAAUUUAGACAGUUGUUAUGUCUUUAACUGGGGCUAAUACGACUCCUCUUGGCCGUCUACACCCUAUAUUAGCCGCUAAACAACAGGGACCAGUGAGUCCAACUCCUGGAUUCAAACGAGAUGCCGGUCAUUCAGACAUCGAUGUCGGAGGUGGUGAAAGAAAAAAGAAAAGGAAGAGCAGGUGGGGUACAGAAGAAAAAAGAACGUUCAUUCCUGGCAUGCCUACAACCAUGCCGCCGAAUCUCUCACCAGAACAACAGCAGGCUUACAUAGCCCAACUAAAGAUUGAAGAAAUUACCAGGAUGCUACGAACAGGAGAGUUAGGAAUACCAGAUAACCCUGAUGAGAGAUCUCCUUCUCCAGAACCAAUUUACAAUUCAGAGGGCAAAAGGUUGAACACACGUGAGUUCCGAGUCAGAAAGAAACUGGAAGAGGAGAGACAUGUGUUAAUACAGGAAGCUCAGAUAUUAAAUGAAGAUUACAAACCUCCAGCAGACUACAAGCCACCAAUCAUCAAAAUUCAGGAUAAAGUUAUGAUUCCUCAAGACAAUCACCCUGAAGUGAACUUCAUUGGCUUACUCAUUGGACCUCGGGGGAAUACACUAAAGAAAAUGGAAAAAGAGAGUUGUGCUAAAAUCAUGAUCAGAGGAAAGGGCUCCAUAAAAGAAGGAAAGAUUCACAAUGGAAGAAAGGAUGGACAGCCUAACCCUGGAGAGGAUGAAGCAUUGCAUGCCUUGGUUACUGGUCCAACAGAACAGUCAGUGCAAAAAGCUGUAGCAAUGAUACGUGACAUACUGCGGCAAGGUAUAGAAGCCCCUGAAGGACAAAAUGACCUGAAGAGGAUGCAGCUUAGAGAAUUAGCUGCUUUGAACGGAACUCUAAGAGAUGAUGAGAUUUUGAGAUGCCGAAACUGUGGAUCAGUGGAACAUCGUCAUUGGGAGUGUCCAGAACAGAAAAAUGUGACAAAUAAUGUGUUGUGUACAAAGUGCGGAGCUGCAGGCCAUUUAGCCACAGACUGCAUCCAGACAGAUUUACCGCCGAUCCCCAUUGUCCAGGUUGACAAAGCAAAAAUGGAUAGUGAGUACAUGUCCCUUAUGGCAGAACUAGGAGAAGGUCCCGUGCCUGAACCACCAGUGCCAGCAAGACUCCCUCCACCACCGGUGGAACAAAAUCGGCCAGUAAUAACAGAACGAGAACGACCUCCACCACGGCAUAGCACUGCUCCCCUUCCACCCCCACCUAUGCAGAAUACCAAUCACGAUAGGCCAUCAUCAUCUGGUCCUCCACCUUGGGCUGCCCCACCUGGUCCGAAGCCGCUAAUGAGCACGCCAGUGCCCAUGCCUGGGGGAGGACCUCCCCCUCCCCCUAACAGCUCCUCGGCACCACCAUGGGCAAAACCUGGCCUGCUGCCUCCUCCAGGGGGCCCACUGUUAGGUCCUCCUCACCCUGGUGGCCCACCACCUCCUCCCCCUCCAGGGGGGCCUGGAUCAUAUCCUCCUCAGGGCCCUGGAGGACAUGGACCACCACCCCCACCCCCACCAUCAUCUGGUGCUCCACCACCUCCAUGGCAAAAUGCUGGUCCAGUUCCACCCCCACCAUGGCAGAGUCAGGGGCCAGGAUUUGCUCCACCCCCACCCCCAGGGUUUCCUCCAUUUCAUGGCCCACCUUUGCCGCCACCUUCAGAUAGUCAUUGGGCUCCACCACCCCUGAUGGGUGCACCGCCUCCACCACCACCUCCUCCGCCGCCUGGACCACCACCCCCGUCAUCCUGAGUAAAAGACAGAAAAAAAUGCAAUCUUCAACAAACAACUUCACAGAAACCCGUGAUUAAUGGUCUUGAUGCAUAAUCUUGAGGCUUUGUUAUCUUUAAUGAUCAGUUUAAAAGCUCAUUUUGUUCUUGAUUCCAGUGUGGUACUCAUAGCAGCAUUCCUUAUUCUGACAGCUUUCAUGAGUGAUUUGAUCUCUUGUGCUGCCCCCAGGGGAAUGACGUCAGGAAAUAGCAGUUUUAUGUUAAAGCUGUAAAGUACAUAAGGUAGCUAACUACCUUAAAAAAUGUUCCCUCUCCUGUUUUCUUUUAAACUGGCUUUGUCAGCUUGGAAUGGUUCCAAAGACAGUUGAAUUUAAUGGCAAGUUGAGCUGUAAAUUCAUUAAGUUCUUUGUGUCUGGCUUUAACAAAUGCUGCAUUUUAGAAAAGACAUGUUAAUCACCAGUUGAUGUUUUUGUGUAGUCGGGUGAGAUUACAGAUAGUAGAAGCUUCAAACCCAAGGCAUUGUGACGUAAACUCUAUAUUUGUCUAAUGUGUGCUAUAAGUGCUCUAUCAAAUGACAUUUUAACAUUUGCACUUGGUUAAAUUCUGUUAGAAACGUACUUAGCUUUUCAGUUGGUACUUACAGCCUUCUCUGGUCGUGGCUUUCUCCUGUCCAUGGCUUCAUUGAUAAGGUCAUGUUAGUACCAGUUGCAAAGACCAUUUUGGGUAAUCUUUGUUUACAUCAUUGCUUACAGUUGUGUAAUUAGCAAAGUCACAAUAAUAUAUAAACCUGUCAACUGGAGAAAGGAAAAGGACAAAAUACUGCAUUAAACAAUAACAUUUUUUAACAAAUAAAGGAACUUAAGCCAUUCAUGAUAAUGUCUUGAAACAUGAGGGAGGGGAGUUAGAGUAGUUUAGAGUUUAUGAUCAUCAGUAAGUGCUUUCUACAUUUCUCAAGUUUUCAUGAAUUCCUGAAGUGUUUCAUGGUGGGUUACUACAAUAUAUGUUGUAGGCUUCUUUGUGUGCUUUAUGAUACCAUUAUAGAUUUCACCCAGGCAAAAACAAUAAAGCACACCUUUCAAUGUUUUAUACUAUGAUGAAACAUAGCCUUUUAGGCAAUCAGUCGAGCUGUGCAGAAUCCAGACAGCAUUACAACUACAAAUAUUUGUGUUCCUGUAAACCUGGUGUGGCAGCCUUCACCAACCUUCACCACAAAACUUCACAAGGGUCCAUCACUUAAGCAUGUAAAAAAGGCUAUAUCAUUCAUCUCAUUUUUCCGAUAUUCGCCAUGUGUUUCACAUUUUUACGUUUGCAAAGCAAAGCUGAAUUUCUGCGAAGAAAUAAUGUAAACAAAACUUGUCACAUUCCAUGUUGUUAAUAAAAAUGCGCAGUAUUUAUCAAUAAAAUAAAUGGUUUACAUUAAAAGACAUUCUUAACUUGCUUGGGCAAACACUUUUUAACCGUUUAAUUCCCAAGUGAUCAACUGCUUGUUUCUCCUGACAAUGUCACGACAUAGUGAAGCAGACAGAUGACUAGCUUCCUGUGCAGACAUUCUUUGGGUUCGUCACGCAAUCUUCCUAGGAAGAUUGCGGGACAAGCCCAAAGAAUGUCUGCCUAGGAGGCAGACAUGAGGAGAACAAAGAAAAUCAUUAGCUGUCAGAUAUAUUGAUUUCGCACUGCAUUCUCAUGACUAGCAUUAGAAGUAUUGUAUGGCAAUCAGUAGAGAGAAAUGAUAUUUUGAUAAAAGACAUGUAACUUAGCUUAAAUGUAUCUUGAUCUCGUGAUUGUUGUAACUUCUAAAUAUAACUGGUGAUCUUUUUUGAA